AUGCCCCGCCAGUGCGUGCCCGCACGCGCCCGCCGUAGCCGCGUCCGGCCACUGCACUCCGCCCCGCCUCUGCAGUCCCGUCGCUUGCCCCGCACCCCCCUAUCCAGCGCGCACACGCCGCGGUCGCCGCGCCCCGCGCGCGCGCUCGGCCGCGCUCACCGCCGUGCCCGCACCUCGCCGAGACCCCACGCCUGCGCUCACCUCGCCCCCUGCACCGCCCCACGCUCCACCGCUCCGCACCCGCCCCUCCAUCCCGUGCUCGCCCGCGACCGCCGUCGCCUCUGCCACUUUGCCCCGCGGCCACUUCCUCCGCCCCGCACGGCGCUCGCCGCUCGCCCCGCCUCCGCCCGCCGUGGCCCUCGUGCCCCGCUGCGGCAACCCCCCGCCAUGGCCACGACCCCGCCCUGCCCCGAGCAGGCUACGGGCGCCCGUCGCCCACGCCCGUGCGCCCGCGCCCGCGCCGCACACGCGCGCAGCGCCCGCGCCCGCCUGUGGCCCAUGGGCCACUGCCAGGUGCUUGUCAUCGGCCACAGCGAGCACUCCGGCGGAGGUGCUCACGACCCACUUGAUGCGGCACUACAAGACCUGACGGCGCCUAUUCCAGAAGACGCCGACGCCGAGACGCUGGAAGCGCGCCACGUCCAGCUCAUCGAGAGCGCCAAGAAGCAGGCCAACAUGAGAUGCCUGUCCGAGGCCUACCAGCGCGAGAUGGACCGCGUUGUGGGUGGCACGCCGGCUCCUGAUGGGCCUAGCCGCAUCGCACGGUCCGGCAAUGCGGCGUGGCCAUCGCCAGCCUGUUUGGGGCAUAUCGCCCCGUCUACGCCACGCCAGCGGAAAACAUACGAGCUGCUCAGGCGGCAGCAGAAGAGCUGGACAAGUUCGAGGGCGAAGAGCGUCGCCAGAUGGCAGAGUGCGUCCAACGACUCCUCGACGCGGCUGCUGAGCAGCACGAGGCUGGCUGCCGCACUGAAGCGCCCAACCGGCGAAGUGAAGAUCCGCCUCCCCGCCGAGAUCAAGGCAGAGAUCCAAGUUGAUGCAUCUGGCAAAGUGGCCCCUCAAGAUCCACGGACCCCAGUGGGCAACACCAGUCGGCGCCAGCAACCAAGCGACAACAAGCGCAAGGCCAUGCAGCCGGCUUCCACAAGCCGGCAAGUGGGGACAGUCAAAGACCAGCAGCCAGAAGGGGAGCCUCCAUCCAAGCGCCAGAAGGGCGGCAAGCCCAAUUGGCUGCCUCCUUUCUCGUAUGAGGAGACUCUUGACGCGCGAUGCAAAUUUCACAGUGGCGCGAAGCCGUCCAACCACACCACUCGGAAGUGCGAUCGGCUCACCAAGAUCGCCAAGGGUGACGGCCUUCUGCCUCCUUCGCCUGCUGGGCAGCCGCCUCCUCCUCCACCCCAGCAGCCGGCAGUUCGACCAGUCGGAGCCAUACAAGACGAGUAUCCCGAAGAGCACGGGGCUUAUGUCGUGUUCACCAGCGUGGCCGAUGAUAAGCACAGCAGAUGGCAAUGA